AUGUAUUUAUUUUCAAUAUUUAUAUUCUUAAACAUAUUCUACAAUGUAACAACGUUGUCAAUUUUUGUGAAGAUUUCAUGGCGAGGAAAUCAUAUUGAAGACGAAAAAAUUUUGGCCUCGAAAAACACCCACCGAUUCAACGUGGAAUUGACUAAUGAUAAAUGGGAUCUACCCACGGAAGGAGAAACAGAUAAAUAUGACACUUUUCACUUUGAGGAGGGUGAAGAAAAUAAUGCCGAAAAUUUGGAAAAAUACAGCUUGAAGGUGUACAAAGUUUUAAAUGAAGAUUUAAUCACUGAAAUUGUUUCUAUUGAUAAUGUUGAAGACAAUUCAUUAAUUUACAUUAAAUACGAAGGCAGAAACAAAACAAGCUACACAAAAAUAUUAAAAAAAGAUGAAGAAUACUUCAAUACAAUAAUUAAUUUAAUUAAACGCCCUGUUAGAUUCAUUCAAUUUAAUUUUAAAACUAAAGCUUUUAUAGAAGGAGUUGUAACUAUAAAAUGCAAAAAUGAUGACAAUAAUGACAAUGAUAAAAUUGUUGAAAUUAACAUUCCUGAAAGGGAAAAAACUAAUAAAGUUGCUGCGCAUCAUUCACAAAUAGUUAAAGCAAGAGUGUGCCCAGAUGAUAAAUACGACUUUACAAUUAAAAAGAAUGUCGCGCCAAAAGCUAAACAAUACGAACUCAGAGAAUUUACAUUAGAGUGUCAACAGGCUAUAAACGAAAAUAAUAAUUUAAAUAUAUACGAGUUUAAUGUACUGAAUAAAGAUAAAAAAGGAAAACGUAAAACAAAAAUAACAAAAACUGAGUGCUUGUUAGAUAAAAGUAAAUUUGUAAUGAUAGAUGAAUCAAAGGGGGAUUUCAUUAAUCUUUUAAGCGAAAAUGAAAAAAUUGCCGAAGAAAAGCUUAGGGAAUAUAUUGGUGAAGCAAAGACAUUUGAUGGUGAUUAUGAAUUAUAUUUUCGAUUAAUAUUUGUUAGGAGGGUGGGAGAGUUGAUACUGGUUCCGUAG